AUGCACGCCUCAUUCCUGCUCGCAGCGCUCCUCCCAACCACUUUCGCCCACUUCAUCCUCAACUAUCCCACCUCCCUAGGCUUCGACGACGACAGACAAAGCAUUGGCCCCUGCGGUGGCUAUGAUAUCGUCUUCGGCGCCAACGACACAAAUGUCACUGUCGAAAGCUUUGCCAUAGCAUCGAGGUCAACCCAUCCACAAGCAAACUGGCUGUUCAGAGCUACUUUGAGCACUGCCGAACCAUUCAACUGGACCAAUCUCCUGCCUGUAGUGCAGCAGAGCGGACUGGGAGACUUUUGCAUACCAUCUUUCAGCGCCCCAUCAAGCUUCGUAGGACAACGAGGUGUUCUACAGAUUGUGCAGUCUGCUGUUGAUGGAAACUUGUAUCAGUGUGCAGCAGUCAACUUCGUCGCGGGCGCUCAAUCCGGUCUUCCAAGCCAAUGCACUAAUGGCAGUAGCGUCACUGCCUCUCUCACAUCUAUGACCAGCUUGAGUGGUACCAGUGACAACUCGACCUCACCCUCGGCCUCGGGCUCCUCCUCAGCCACCAGCGCGGCUCCUUCGGCUACCUCUACACAGAGUUCUGGCGCCACGCAGCUCGUUGGUGGAUUGCUGGCUGUGAUGCCUGCUGCACUGUUGCUUUUGUAG